AUGCGUGUUUGUGCGACGGUUAUGGCGGCGAAAAUGGAGGAAACAACUGCAUCGGAAUUGAAGGAACGCUUAUGGAAAAUCGUGAAGAGAAUCGUUGACUCCGAUGACUAUACACUGCAAAACGCCGAUGAUGCAAUCGCGGCGCUCUCUUCUCUCAAGGAUUUCAAGUCUCGUUCGAAUUCGAAUCGAACGAACUCUUUUGAUGAUAAAUUGGACGAAUUUGCCCCUCCGACUGAAUUUCGGUGCCCUAUUUCUACUCAGUUGAUGAUCGAUCCUGUUAUCUUGUCCACCGGACAGACUUAUGAUCGGCCGUUUAUCCAGAGGUGGUUGAAUGAAGGCAAUAGAACAUGUCCUCAAACCCAGCAAGUUCUAUCUCACACAAUUCUUACGCCGAAUUUCUUGGUCCGGGACAUGAUUGCGCAGUGGUGUAAGGAGUGUGGACUUGAGCUACCACAGCCUACUCGUGAUACGGAUGAAGUUGUGACUGAUGCAGACAGAGGCCGUUUAAAAACAUUGCUUCAUAAGUUGUCAUUGUCUGUUUCUGAUCAGAAAGCAGCUGCGAAAGAGCUUCGUUUGUUAACAAAGCGAACACCUUCGUUUCGAACACUUUUUAAGGAUUCUGGUGAUGUGAUCACGCAGUUGCUUCGUCCAUUAUCGCCAGGUGGUGCUUGUCCUCACCCCGAUCUUCAAGAGGAUUUGAUCACAACUGUUCUGAAUCUCUCAAUUCUUGACGAUAAUAAGAAAGUUUUUGCAGAGGAUCCAACCGUCAUUAACCUUCUUAUUGAUGCCUUGAAAUGGGGAUCCAUUCCAACAAAAAGCAAUGCUGCAGCCGCUAUUUUCACAUUAUCAGCUAUCGAUUCCAACAAGCUCAUUAUUGGAAAAUCUGGAGCUAUCAAACAUUUGCUUGGCCUUCUAGACGAGGGACAUACAUUUGCCAUGAAAGAUGCUGCGUCAGCCAUAUUUAACCUAUGUCUAGUCCACGAUAAUAAAGAGAGGACCGUGCGAGAAGGGGCGGUUAAGGUCAUUUUGAACAAGGUAAUGAACCACAUUCUAGUUGACGAGCUGUUGGCUAUACUGGCACUCCUCUCCAGUCAUCCCGACGCCGUUGAAGAAAUGGUCAAUCGCAAUGCUGUACCUUUCUUAAUGAAGAAUAUUCGGGAGAGCACAUCAGAAAGAUGCAAGGAAAAUUGCGUUGCAAUUCUAUAUACAAUCUGUUAUAGUCGUCGAACAAAGUUGAAGGAAAUCAAAGAAGAAGAAAAGGCCAACGGCACACUCUCUAUGCUAGCACAAUGCGGAACUUCAAGAGCAAAAAGGAAGGCCAACAGUAUUCUCGAGAGGCUCAACAGAUCUCAAUCCUUAACUCACACUGCUUAG